ACUAUAAAUACUCACUAUGGUGUUCUUGAACACCAUAACUCAGCUUCUAUUCGCGAAACUUUGAAGUGAUUCAAAAAUGCGUGCUUGUUUUACUGUGGCCUGCCUGCUGCUCGCGGUGUUUUCAGCAUGCUCAGCAUUCGGGAUUCCUACUACUGGCGAAUCUUUACCAAUACAGACUGGUGUAGCUUUACGUCAACAGCAACUGGAUAUUAUUGGCAAUACUAGGCGCCUUAUCGAACAACUAGUAGAGAACCUUCAGAAAGCAGCAAGAGAGGCGAUCGAUGCAGUUUCCAACUUCAGGGAUGGCGUUGUUGAACAAGCAAAGUUGAUCCGGGAGAAGAUUGUUGCGGAGAUUCAGAAGCUGAGAGAUCGUGUUGAAGGUGCCUUACAAACAGUUUAUGACAAAUUCGCCAACUCUGGACAGCAAGUCAGAGAAUGUAUUGAUAAACAACGACAACAAGCACAAGUAGUCUUCAAUGAAACUUUAAAAGAUAGCCUUGCUUGCGCAGACGACCGUAUAAAGGAGAUCGGUGAACAAUUAGACAGUCUUACGACCCUAGCCAACAAUGCUUCAGACUUCGCUAGUUCAGCGAUGGAAGAAAUGAGAGAUUGCAUAGACAAGAAUCAGCCCAAUAUGCUAGCUGUGGGGUCCUGCUUGGGCAGUGUUGCUUUGAGAAUUGAAAUGAGAGGAGCUGUUUUCGUUACUCAGAGUGGACUUCAGAUUGGUCGCCUCAAUUUGGCUUUGGGAACCCUACCCGCUGCUCUUGAAGUAUGCGCAGGGACACGCCUGGUUCAAGCUGGAGUAGCAACGGCAAGAUUGGUCAUGGAAAUAGGAACCUGCUCUGCCUCAUCCAUUUUCUCUUCAUUCGUCGACACCACAGCUCUGUGCUUGGACUUUGUAAGAUGUAAGAUAUUGUAUUCACCACAAAAACAUAGCAUAUCACAAACAAAAAACUUAAUAAAUGGGAACAAUCAUAUAAAAAUUAUCCAAUCCUAUGAUGAUAAUACUUUGGAUAGGAAUCAAGAAUUGUCACAGAUAUUAGAAAUCUAUGAUCAGAGACAUUUGAGAAGCAUUUCAGAUUUAUGGCAAAGCAUAAAAAAUACUGCUGUCAGUACUUGGAACCAUAUAAAGAACAUAGCUAUUAAAACAAAAGACAAGAUACAAGCUAUAAUUGGACAAAUGAAAGAUAAAAUAGCUCAAAUCCAAGCUAAUUUUGAGGAACGCUUAAAAGAGCUCCAAAAUCAAGUAAACGACUUGAUUGACAAAGCUAUAACCACAGGACAAAAUAUAAAGGAAUGUAUACAAAAAGAAAAAGAAGCAAUAGACAAAAUCGCAAAGGAAAUAUUGAGAAAUGUGACUACAUGUGUAUCUGAAAACAUUUUGCAACUAUCUCACUUGGAAGGAACACUUAAAAUUUACAUUGACGAAAAGGACUUUCAAAACAAGCUUGAUAUCAGACUUGAUGAGUGUGUUUUAAAAGAAGAUAUUGAUGAAGAGUGUCUCCAUGGAGUAAGGGAAGAAUUAUUUUGUGAAGUGGAAAAGAUCGAAAUCGAUGUUCUUCAACGCGGAGAACAAUCUAGAAAUUUAGCUGAAGAUAUUCUACAAGCUAUUAUAUCUUGUACUACAGAAGGACUUAUAGCUGCUUCUUCAAAUAUAACAAUGGAAGCAAUUACUGUCGUAAAAUGCGCUGCAGAAGAAUCCGAAACUGGAACGGAAGCAAUACCUAUAUGAAUUUAAUAUGAUGAACUAAAAAUUACAACAAAAUUAUUUCUGAGGGAGCAUACUCUAAAAAAGAUCAGGCUUUGUUAAGCGAAAAAUAUUUAAAAAUAUGUUUAUUGCAUUCGUAUAAAAUCAUUGGCAUUGUUUUUAAGUUUCCAUGAUCU